AUGGUACCACCUCAUAAGAAUCACAACUUCCGUCCGGAGAAUGUGUUAAAGCGUGCUGAAGAUUUAAUCGGUGUCGGAGAAGAAGAAGCCGCCUUAGAAACUUUAUAUGAAUUAAUUACAUCUAAAAGAAUCAGAUAUUUACAAGUUGAAGAUUUAGAACCAAUUGCCUUAUUAUUAAUCAAAUUAGCUGUUGAUUUAAGAAAGGGAAAAAUUGCCAAAGAUGCCUUACAUCAAUAUAAGAAGAAUGUUCAAUUAUCAGAAAAUGGAUUAGAAAGUGUUCAAGUUAUUUGUAGAAAAUUCAUUGAAUUAUCUGAAAAGAAAUUAGAUGAAGCUCAAGCUAAAGCUGAUAUCAAGAUUGAUCAAGAAGAUGAAGAUUUAGAAGCUUCUCAAACUCCAGAAUCUAUUUUAUUAUCAUCAGUUUCUAAUACUGAUUCAGCUGAUAGAACCGAAAGAGAAUUAGUUACUCCAUGGUUAAGAUUCUUAUGGGAAGCUUUAAGAGCUGUUUUAGAUAUCUUAAGAAACAAUUCCAAAUUAGAAAUCACUUAUUCAGCUAUUGUUAAUCAAGCAUUCCAAUUUUGUCUUAAAUUCAAUAGAAAAGCCGAAUUUAGAAGAUUAUGUGAAUUAUUAAGAACUCAUAUUCAAUCAGUUACUCUUCAAACUAAAAGUUCAGGUACUAAUGCUAUUGAUUUAAAUGAUGCCGAAACCGUUCAAAGAUAUUUAGAUCAAAGAUUCUCUCAAUUAAACAUUGCUGUUAAAUUAGAAUUAUGGCAAGAAUCUUUCAGAUCAGUUGAUGAUGUUCAUACUUUAAUUACCUCAUCAAAGAAAUCACCAAAAGCUGUUAUGAUGGCCAACUAUUAUGAGAAUUUAGCUAGAAUCUUUGCUGUUUCAGAUAAUUCAUUAUUCCAUGCUGCUGCUUGGAAUAAGUUUUUCAACUUAUAUUCCCAAAGUCCAAAUGCUACUGAUGAUGAAUUAAAACAUUAUGCCUCAAUUUUGGUCUUAUCUACUUUAGCUAUUCCUCAUAAAACUUUAAACAACGAAACUAUCGUUGAUGAUCAUAAAGCUAAGAAUUCUAAAUUAACUUCAUUAUUAAAUUUGACUCAAGUUCCAACUAAAGAAAGUUUAUUAAAAUCUAUUAUCAACAGAAACAUCUUAUCAUUUGUUGAUCCUGAAAUCAAAAAUUUAUUCAAAGUUUUAGAAGAAGAUGAAUUCCAUCCUUUAACUAUUAAAGAAAAGAUUUCUGAAGUAUUCAAAAACAUUGAAUCCGACAAAGAUUAUAAACAUUAUAUUCCAACUUUAAGUGAAGUUAUUCUUAUUAAAUUGUAUCAACAAGUUAGUCAAGUUUAUGAAAGUGUUAAAUUAGAUUUCUUAGUCAGUUUAGGUAUCUUUGAGAGUUCAGAAUAUCAAUUAACUCCUUUAGAUAUUGAAGAUUUAAUUGUUAAUGCUGUCAAAGAUGGUCAUUUAUCAUUAUCUAUUGAUCAUGAAUCUAAUGUUGUUUCAUUCAAAUCAGAUCCUUUCGAAGAAUCAAUUAAUGAUUCAAUGACUAGAUUACAAAUAUCUCCUGCUGAAUUGAUCAAAACUCAAUUAAGUAAAUUAGCUCAUACUUUAUCAUCAUCAAUUGAUAUCAUUAAUCCAGAAUAUCUCGAACAAGCAAGAAAAGCUAAAGAAAUUUCCUUACAAAAUGCUAUUGAAAAUAUGGUUAAAGAACAAGAAAAUAUUGCUAGAAGAGCUGAAAUUAUGGAAGAAAGAAAAGCUAUUACUGAAAAGAUUCAACGUGAACAAGAAGAAGAAGCUAUUAGAUUAAGACAAGAAAAAUUAGCUGCUGAACAAAAAGCUGAACAAGAUAGAUUAGUUGCUGAACAAGAAAGAAAGAACUUGGAAAGAUUACAUAGAGAACAAGAAUUAAUCAAACAAAAGGAAAAGAGAAAAAUUGCUGAAGAAAUUAAUGCUAAAGGUAUCAUCAAGAUUGAUCUUAAUGAUUUAGAUAAAUUAGAUACUGAAAAAUUACAUGCUAUGCAAAUUGAACAAUUAAAUAAAGAUAAGAAGAUGUUGGAAGAAAAAUUAAAAGUUACUUCAAAGAAAGUUGAUCAUACUGAAAGAGCUUUUAGACGUUUUGAAUUACAAUAUUUGGAAAAAGAUGCCGAAGAAUCAAAAGUCAAAGAAUUACAAGAAUAUGAAGAAUUCAAACAAAGUAAAAUUGUUAAAGCUAAACAAGAUUAUGAAAAAGCUUUGAAUUUGAAGAAAAGAUUCACCAGAGUCAUUCCAACUUAUCAACCUUUCAAACAAGCUAUUGAAAAUAAGAAUAAAGCUGCUUUAGAUAAAUUAAGAAAUGAAGCUAAAGAAAGAUUAGAAGCUGCUAAACAAGAAAGAAUUGCACAAGUUAAAGCUCAAAGAAUCGAAGAAUUGAAAUUAAAGAAAGAACAUGAAGCCAGACAAGCUGAAGAAAGAGAUAGGAAAUUAAAACAAGAAGAAGAAUUAGCUAAAUUGAAAGAAGAAAUGAGACUUCAAAGAGAAAAAGAUGCUGAAAUGGCCAAAAGAAGAGCUGAAAUGGAAGCUGAAAUGGCUAGAAGAAAUGGAAGAGCUCCACCUUCAUCUACUCCUGCUCCAACUCCUGUUAGAUCAUCUCCAACUCCUCAAGCUGCUCCAAGAAGUGAUAAACCUCUCAGUUUCGCUGAGAAGAUGAGAUUAAAGAGAGAAGGUAAAUUACAAUAG